AUAAAUAAAUAAUUUUAAUUUAACCCAAAACUAGUCUAUAAAAGACCUCCCUCUUCUUUGAACCUUAUCGUUUUAGGCACAAACAGAACACUUCACAAGAUGAAGCUCUUCACCAUUUUUCUUAUCACCGUUCUUCUCCUGCAGGCUUUUGCAGAGGCUUCAUCAUUGAGUGAUGCUGCAAAUUCUAUCACAAAGAUGGAGGAAGGAAAUUACGCAGUGGUAGCUCUUAGUAAGAAGGCGCAUCAUCUUCCCAAAAUCAAUUGCAACUAUGCAUGCUCGAGGAGAUGCAGGAAGGCAUCAAGAAAGAAGAUAUGCAAGCGAGCAUGCAAAUCUUGUUGCGAGAAAUGCCACUGCGUUCCACCAGGCACCUAUGGGAACAAGAAAGCAUGCCCAUGUUAUGCAAAACUCAAGACGCAUGGAAACAAGCCUAAGUGCCCUUAAUCACAAAAACAUGCCCACGUAAGCAUAUUUGAAUACAAUAAUACUAUUUGUAUCACAUUUUAUUGACGAUUUUGCUGAUCAUCUCUCUAAUAUAUAGUAGUGAGUCCUAUUAAUAUAUGUGGAACUCACCUUUAUUAUAGAAGUGGUUAGCAAUAUAUAAUCCGUAAAUGUGAUACAAAUAGCGUCACUCAUUUGAAUAUGUACACAUGCUUAAUUAUGGAAGGAUAAAGAGACAGCAGAACAUUCAAAUUUAUUUGAAUAUAUGCACCUUCUUAAUCAAUUGUAGUUGUUGCUGUUCGUUGAUCAUGAGUUUGUCUAUGUAUAAACUUACUAUUGAAUAAUAAUUAGUUGUAUUUUUGUUAGUCA